AUGUUAAAACUUUAAGUCCGUAUUAAAGAAGAAGCCUUUGAUUUCGAGAUAUCUAAAAAUGCAACGAUCGCUGAACUGAAAGCCCUAAUAGUCGAGCAACAAAAAAUAACAGCUUCCUUUGAUCUCUAUAUAUUCGAUCAACUUCUAUUGGAGGAAGGAACUGUUAAUAAGAUCAUCUAUAAUUGUAAAGCAGACAAUCUUGAAGUGAGAUUCAAAGAGAAACUGUAAGCACCUAAGUUCCAACACUUUUAUAAUUAAGCCAAAUCUCUUGUGAUGUUGAAGACUAUUGUGUCAACAAUUAGGUUUUUGGAUAAUUUGGUAGAACUCAAAAAGCAAAGGACACAAGAUUCAGAUAAAGUAAGUAAAGUGUUAUCUUCAUUUGAAAAUCAACCAAAAUUAAUCAAACACAAUUCUUCUAAUUUACUUACUAAUUUUCCUGAUAGACUCAAAGAAUAACCUAUGUUGAGUCAUAUCAAAAUGUAGGAAGAUGACCAAGUAAGAAAUCAAAAUAAUGACACUGUAUUAAAUAUCUUAAACAAUAUGAUUAAUGAGGAUAAAAGAGAAAAUCUUCAUAAAAUGCAAAUCAAAUCUAAUAAAUAGAAAUAUCAAGCUCUUAAAUUUAGUCCAUAAAAAGAGGAAUAUUUGAUUCGCAAAAAGAAAGCUCUCUCUUCAUUAUAGGAUCCUAAUUAGUGCUAAAAAGCAAAACUGCUAAUAUAGGAGCUGAAAAAAUAAAAAGAACAAUUAUAAUUAAAAAGAUAGGAGCAUUUAGAUAAUAGUGCAGAAAAGAGAGGAUUAAGUUUGGAACAUUAGAAAGAAGAAAGAGAACUAUUGAAGUAGCAGAUUAAUUAAGAGAAAAGAAAUAGAAUUGUUGAAAGACUUAAUGAAAAUUAAAAGAAUCAUGAGUUAUUAACUUAAUUUAAUAAAUAAUCUUAAUAGUUGAUUAAUGAAUUAAAAAAUAGAAUGAAAAAACAUUAAGAUUCUCUUAAAAGCAAAGAUGAAUAAUUAAAAUAAAUCUAUUUUGAAGAUGCCAAACUAAAACUUCAAGAAAAAAGGAAACAAGCUUAACCAAUAAGAUUAUUAGAAUUAAAUUAACAUGAGGAGCAUUAUUUAGUAAAUAGAGAAAUGCUUAAAUUGCAAAGAGACUAGAAAAAAUUGGAAUGGGAAAUCAAAAUCAAAUCUGAAACUAAAUUGUUGUAUAAAGACUAGAAGGUCUUAUAAGAAGUUAUGAAAAGUGAUCAAUAGUUAAAGAACAAAGAUAUUAUAGAUUUAAAAAAAAAAUAAGAAUUUAAAGUAAGAAAAUAAAAAUACUCUGAAAUCAUUUAAGAAUUUCAUAGGCCCUCAAAUUUUAGUAAAAUUGAGGGUUAAUAAUCAAUGAAUGAUAAUUCAAUCAAUGAAUCAAGAGAUUUUUAAUUGAGAUAAGCGAUAAGAUAUCGAAAUAAAUCCUAAUUAUUAGAUUCAUUAGUAAAUACAAGAGUUUAAGCAAAAAUGAAGAAAAUUUAAUCGGCAUUAAGUCAAUAGCAUAUAACACCAAAAACUAAAAUUACAGAGAGUCUAUAAUAAGGGAAAGUGCCUGAACCCAGCACUUACUUUCAUUUGAGAGUACACACUCCUCCAUAAAAAGUUAUUAUUCAAGAAGAAAGUUAAAUCAAAAAGUAGUAACCAGACUACUUAAGUGAAUUCAAAAGAGAAAGAAAAUCUAUGAGUCAAUCAGCCCUCACAUCUCAUUCAUCAAUAAAUAAAAAAUUGAGUGUUCAAUAAGAAAUGCGACUACUCUAAAAGUUAGAAGAAGAGGCGAAAAAGAAGGAAUAACUAGCUCAGAUCAGUCAAAAUGAUGAUUUAUAAAUUGAAGCUACAGAUUUAUACUUAAAGAGUGUGUAGGCAAAAUUGUAAUAUUUGGAUAAGAAAUUAUCAAAUUUUUGA